CUAUACAUUAAAAUAACAAAAUACAUUUACUAACAUAAUCGGAUGGUGUGAGAUAUCAAAGAUGGCAGUUAAAUUGGAAGGUCCAUUAACAAAAUGGACUAAUGUGGUACAAGGAUGGCAAUACCGCUGGUUUGUUUUAGAUGAUAACGCUGGUUUAUUAUCUUAUUACACAUCAAAAGAGAAAAUGGUACGGGGAGCUCGGAGAGGAUGCCUUCGACUAAAGGGUGCUCAAACUGGAAUAAGUGAUGAAGAUGAUAGUACAUUUACUUUAACAUGUGAUCACCGAACAUUUCAUUUUCAAGCACAUGAUAAAGAUGAAAGAAUCAAAUGGGUGCAAAGUUUGGAGGCAACUAUUAAAAAACUUGCUAACUCUCAAAGUGUAGGAAAUACCAAUGAUGCAUCCAUUGAAGAAGAAUUAAAUGGGAAAUUGCUUGAAGCAGAAGCUUAUUUUCGUAUUUUAACACAGCAAAUUAAGAAACUUGAACUACAAAUUGAUCAUUCUGUGAACGCAAAGUGUGAGAGAAAUUUACUUUUCAAAGAUUCUUUAACUCAAAUGAUUGAAACCAUUGGUCAAGCAAUUGAACUUUUACGUGCAGCUAAGAUAUCUUUGGUUCGUAAAGUCCCAAUACCUGUAAUUGUUGGUUCUGUUGUAAAUGAUUCUGAUAUAAAAAGUAAAUUAAAGAAAACAAAUUCUCUUAUUGAAACCACUUCUGAAUUGUCAUCUAUUUCACAACAAUUCGAAAAGGAUAUUGAAGUGGGUUGUGAGUUAACGGAGAUUGGGAAUGAGUAUAUAAACAUCCCUUCAGCAGAGUUUUUGACUCCAACAAUCCCUAUUGAUACAUACACACUAAGUAGUGAUGAAGAAGGAUGUGAUGAGUUUUUUGAUGCUGCAGAUGAAUUUAGCAACAUAAGUACAUUUGAAAAUAAUCUUUUAAAUAAUGUUAGUGAUUUGGUGAAAAGCUCUGCAGCUAAGCAACUUGUUUCUUCUGCAAUUGAAAACAAUAGGGUUAAAGAAAAAAAAACAAUGGAUGAAGAGGAUUAUUUUUGUCAAGAUGAUGAAUUUGAAGAAGAUAAAGACUCUGAUGUAGAUGAAAAAGAUGAAGAUAUGCAAUCUCAUGGUUCGGUUAUCACUCAUUUAUUAUCUCAAGUUAAAAUUGGAAUGGACCUGACUAAGGUCACUCUUCCUACCUUUAUACUUGAGCGCAGAUCUUUACUAGAGAUGUAUGCUGAUUUUUUCGCACAUCCAGAUUUAUUCAAACAAAUUCCUGAUAUCAAAGACCCAGGUGAUCGAAUGAUUCAAGUUUUAAAAUGGUAUCUCUCCUCAUUUCAUGCUGGGCGAAAGGGUUCUGUUGCAAAGAAGCCUUAUAACCCAAUUUUAGGUGAAAUUUUCCAGUGUUUUUAUAAAUGCAGAGAAAAUAAUGUUGCACAAAGUCAGGAUAACUUGGCUUCAAGUGGUCCCAUACCCUGGGCAACAAAAGAUGACGUUACUUUUCUAGCAGAACAAGUAUCUCAUCAUCCUCCAAUUUCAGCGUUUUAUGCUGAAUGUGAGAGCAAAAGGAUUUGCUUUAAUUCCCAAAUUUGGACAAAAUCAAAAUUCCUUGGUCUAUCUAUCGGAGUUCAUAUGAUGGGAAGUGGAAGUGUUUUUGUGAGUGAUCAUGAUGAAGAAUAUAUAAUGACAUUCCCAAAUGCAUAUGGCAGAUCAAUAUUAACUGUACCCUGGGUGGAGCUUGGUGGUCGUACUGAGAUCACAUGUGCAAAAUCUGGGUAUUCUUCACAGAUAGAACUACAUACUAAGCCAUUUUAUGGUGGAAAGCGAAAUAGAAUUACUGCUGAAGUUUUCGCACCAAAUCAAAAAAAACCAAUUCUAUCUGUUAGCGGCGAAUGGAAUGGAAUCAUGUAUGCAAAGUUUGCCGAUGAUAAGGAAGCUACUCCAUUUGUUGAUACUCUUAAAAUGCCUGUUACUAAAAAGAUUGUGAAAAAAAUAGACAAACAAGAAGAAUUUGAAUCAAGAAGGAUGUGGUGUGAUGUCACAAAAUGUUUAAAAAUCAAUGACAUUGACAAUGCAACAAACAAUAAACUAAAGCUUGAAGAAAAACAGAGAAUGGAUGCUCGUGUUCGAAAAGAGACAGAUUCUAAAUGGAUCACAAGGGUAUUUGAUGAAUGGGAAGAAGGAGAAGAGCGAAAAUGGUUUUACAAAUGGCCUUUAUAUAAAAGACAAGGUUUACCAAAGCCUGGCUGCACAUGAUUGUUUCAGAUAUGGUUAGAAAAACUGUAUUGGAUUUAUUAAUCGAUUUUACAGCUAUAGUUGUCACUUUGAAAUAUAUAGCCUAAAUUUAAAAAAUUGCAUAAAAUUUGUAAAACAAAUAGUUUUUAAUAUUGAAAUAAUUUUGUCAUAAAAUUAUGUAGAAUAUUGUUAUCCGAAGUUAAAUCUCAAAUUUUUGUAAAUUUUACAUAUGCUAUCGAGUUUACAAAAAUUUGACAAAAAAAAAACAAACUAAUAUCUUAUAAUUUGCUAUAUAUAAAUUAUUGGAUUGUAUUGUUAGCAGUUGUAAAGUUAACCAGUCAAGUUUUAUAUAUAUCGAUUUAUUUACAA